AUGACCGGCCUAGGGGACAGAAUCGCAGCCAUACCGCCCGUGACCCGCUUUCUUUCCAUAUGCACCUUCCUUGUGUGCUUGCUAUGCUCUCUUGAGCUAUUCUCCGUAGAGGAUUUUGCUAUUUCCUACGGCUUGGUGCACACUCUACUCAGUGAAGCGUGGAACCUGGAGGGAGGAUAUUUGGCAAAAUUGAAGACGUGGGGAUUUGUGUUUCUUCAGAGCUACAGGCUAUUCACAUCGUUUUUCAUUCCCUUGGGCUUCUUGAUGCGCAACGGGUUCAUGUGUCUUGCCGAAAUGUACUUCUUGUACAACUUUUCCCAGCACUUGGAGUCGAAGACAGGCAAGUUCAAGGGCAAUUUCCCAGAUUACGUUUGGUUCAUCUUGGUGUGUGGCUUUUUCAUCAACUUGCUCUCGUUAAUAUUCCAGAGGUUGGGCUUGGUGCUGUUCUCUUGCCACCACUCCAUGCUCAAUGGGUGUAUCACGUACCUCUGGCUGAGGUCGUAUAAGGACUUGCAAAUCCAAUACCAGGGCUUGUUUUUGCUUAAAGCUUACUAUGUGCCGAUGAUGUCGUUGAUGGCACACAUGGUGUCGGGCCGUGAGGCGUUUCUCUGUGAGUUAAUCGGUAUAAUAGCUGGCUACUUGUAUCAGUGCAUCCAGAGUGACACGUUACCUUUCUAUAACCUUGUUCCAGGAAUUUAUGGGUCCUUUGAUCCUUCCUACAAUAAGGGUCGUAAGGUUGGUUUUGAAAAAAGUGCUGAGGAAAGUAGCUUCCCCGAUGCUAUCUUCGACUUGGGGUACCUCAAAGCUCCAAAAUGGCUCUACAGUAUUGUGGGGUACCCAUACGAUACCAGCGAGAGGCUAACAGCUUUCAAAAAACAGGUGAGAACGCCCAGAGUGGCUUCUGCCGGCCGUAGAGACGAGGCACGUGCCACCACCACAGGUUUCAACCCAUUUCAAGGCAAGGGACACCGUCUUGGGUCAUGA